UAAAACCACACUCGCAGAACCCUCCAUUUCUACGCUUCCGCACUUUGGCGCGCAGACAGUCUUUCAGAGAACAUAGAGAUAAAAGAAAGAAGAGAGAAUCUCCCACAAAGAUGGAUAAGAGUCUCUCAGUUUACCUAAUGGCAUUGAAACGGACUUUAGUACGUUACGAUUACAACCAUCUUCAUUAUCUACGACGAGAACAACGAGGAACUUUGUCUGUAUAAUACCCAAAAUCCCAUUCCCAAACCUGAGAAUCCCAUCUCUGGCCCCACCAUCUUCGACAAAUCGGUGCUUGCAGUUGAGAUCAAAGGUGGAUCACAAGGACCAGCAGCAGUACAGCAACAACACCCAGGUGGCGUAUCCGAAGCCCACGGGGAUCCCGUGGAGUAAGGAGCUCAGCAACACGGUGAACUUCAUCGGCAUUGUCGGCACCCCCGUCGAGAUCAAACACUUACCCUCUGGCAAAGCCCUCGCCUGGACGCGCCUCGCCGUCAAGAAGUCCGCCUCCCUCAGCUCCUGUUAUGUAAUUCAGGAUAAAUUUGACAUUUUGGGAUGAGCUAGCGCAUAUUUCUUUUCAGCAUGUGGAGAAGGGCUACCAAAUAUAUGUCUCGGGCCGGCUGGUCGCAGAUAUAGUUGAAAGCAGACCUUUUUGCAGGUAAUUGUUCAACAACUUAAUUUUGUUGAAAGGAGCCUCUCUCAUCCAUGCCUUUGUAUAAUCAUGACUCUAAUUCCAUGACGGCAGGUAAAAAGCAUGGAAAUAUUCGUGCAAGUAAUGUGGGUUCUGUCGAAGAAUUAUGGCAAGCCUUCUUUGCUAAUCCAGUGGAUUGGUGGGAUAAUAGGAAGAACCAGAGGAACCCAAGAUAUCCGGAUUAUAAGCACAAAGAUACUGGAGAAGCUUUGUGGGUUGAAGGCAGGUACAAUCCACCAUGGGUGAAGUCCCAACUGGCAAUACUGGAUACACGAAUGGGGUCCCUCUAUGAUCAGGAUGCUAGGAUUGAUGCAAAUAUAGUGGCUUGUGAUAAAUUUUCGCCUUUCUAAGUGCUUAUGAUGCUGAUCUUUAGGUUUGGUGCUGAUGGGGCAAUUUCUCUGUAUAUUUUUCCCCUUUAGGCGGAUAAGGUGGAUAAGGUGGAAGAUCUUCGGAGAAUGUGUUGAAAGUUUGCAGUCUACAGUGUGGUUUUUACAUGAUAUGCAAAUUAUAAGUCAGUCUGCAUUUACUUCCGUUGGAGAUUAUGAUGUUGAUGUUUCGGUAUUGGUGCUAAUGGGACAGUUUCUCUGUAUUUUCUUCUUCGUUUUAAUGUUAGCAAUUUACUUGAAAAAAUA